UCAUUUGGUGUUACAACUUGUGCACUUUUAUGUUCAACAAGUAAAACGCCAGACGUAUCAAAAAUGAGCGAAAAAGAAUUGGAAUUAUAUAAAUUGUACCGCCCUGAACGAGAAGUACCAAAGAUUCGUGGAACCGAUUUACUAAAGGAUCCUCGUUUAAAUAAGGGUAUGGCAUUCGGCCUCAAGGAACGACAAUAUCUCGGCCUUCAUGGAUUACUGCCUCCAGCUUUCAUGACCGAAGAACAACAACUAUAUCGUGUUAUUUCAAAACUUCGAGCUCAACCGAAUGAUUUGGCCAGAUAUGUUCAACUUGACGGUUUACAAGAUCGCAAUGAAAAAUUAUUCUACCGAGUUAUAUGCGAACAUGUUAAAGAACUAAUGCCAAUCGUUUAUACUCCAACAGUUGGCUUAGCGUGUCAAAAUUUUGGUUAUAUCUAUCGAAAACCAAAAGGCAUUUAUGUAACAAUCAACGAUGAUAGCAUAAGUAAAAUUCAUCACAUUCUUAGCAAUUGGCCAGAAAACGAUGUGAGGGCCAUCGUCGUCACUGAUGGUGAAAGAAUUCUUGGUUUGGGUGAUUUGGGCGCAUAUGGUAUUGGUAUACCCGUCGGCAAACUUGCUUUAUAUGUGGCCUUAGGCGGUGUGCAACCGAAAUGGUGUCUUCCAGUUCUGUUGGACGUUGGCACCAAUAAUGAGAAAUUACUGAAUGAUCCGUUUUACAUCGGUUUACGUCGUCAACGAGUUCGUGGUGAAGCUUAUGUGAAAUUCGUUGAUAAUUUUAUGAAGGCUGUCACCAAGAAGUUUGGCCAAAAUACACUCGUCCAAUUCGAAGACUUUGCCAAUGUUAAUGCGUAUCCUUUCCUUGAUCGAUAUCGAAAUAAAUACACAGUAUUUAAUGAUGAUAUCCAAGGAACGGCUGCGGUUUGCCUUGCUGGGCUUCUUUCGUCUGUUCGAUCCGUUAACAGAUUGCUGUCGCAGGAGAAAAUUGUAUUCCUUGGUGCUGGAGCUGCAUCAACUGGCAUUGCCGAUCUCAUUGUAAUGCAAAUGGAAAGUGAAGGAUUGUCGAAAGAAGAAGCACGAAGUCGAAUAUUUUUAAUGGAUAGUAAAGGUCUAAUUACAAAAACAAGAUCGGAACCAAUCAAGGAAAUGCACAAUCGUUUUGCUAAAAAUAUACCACCAACAAAAUCCUUGCUUGAGGUGAUUAAAACCGUUCGACCGACGGCCAUUAUAGGAGCGUCAACGAUUAAGGGUGCUUUCACCGAAGAAAUCAUUCGUACCAUGGCCAAAAUCAAUGAACGACCUAUAAUAUUCUCUCUGUCGAAUCCGACCAAUAAAUCGGAAUGCACAGCAGAAGAGGCUUACCGCUUUACAGAUGGACGAGUAUUAUUCGCGAGUGGCAGUCCAUUUCCAAACGUGGAACUGAAUGGGAAAAUUUUCAAACCGGGACAGGGAAAUAAUUCGUACAUUUUCCCCGGGGUGGCUCUCGGAAUAAUAUUGUUCAAAAAAGUUGCUUCAUGUGUGAGCGACCACGAUUAUUCCGUCGGGCGAAUAUUUCCACAUCUGAAGAGAGUGCGCGAGAUUUCCAUACAAAUAGCUGUCGAAAUGGCGAAAUAUUGUUACAAAAACGGCACAGCUGAUUUAUAUCCACAACCCGAGGAUUUGGAGCAAUUUGUUAGAGCGCAAAUAUACUCCACAUCUUAUGACGAAAUGAUUAAUGUUACAUAUGACUGGCCAACAAAUGAUAUGAAGCAUGGAUUUCCCGUACCGCCACGUAAUUACGAUAGCGCCGAAGAUGAGUGA